UUUGCAUUGCAGUGUGGAAGAACCAUCACAUGCGGACAGUUACCAACUAUUUCAUAGUGAACCUUUCUCUGGCUGACAUUCUGGUCACAAUUACAUGUCUUCCAGCAACUUUAGUAGUGGAUAUCACUGAAACAUGGUUCUUUGGGCACCCCCUCUGCAAAGCGAUUCCCUACUUACAGACAGUUUCAGUCUCUGUGUCUGUACUAACACUCAGCUGCAUUGCUUUGGAUCGAUGGUAUGCAAUUUGUCACCCUUUGAUGUUUAAAAGCACAGCCAAGCGAGCAAGGAACAGCAUUAUAAUUAUAUGGAUUGUGUCCUGCAUCAUAAUGAUUCCUCAGGCUAUUGUUAUGGAGUGCAGCAGUGUGUUCCCAGGAUUAGCCAAUAAAACCACCUUGUUCACAGUGUGUGACGAGCACUGGGGAGCUGAGGUUUACCCUAAAAUGUAUCAUACGUGCUUUUUUCUGGUGACAUACAUGGCACCACUGUGUCUCAUGGUGUUGGCCUAUUUGCAAAUAUUUCGAAAGCUGUGGUGUCGCCAGAUCCCAGGAACUUCUUCUGUUGUUCAGAAAAAGUGGAAGCCUCUGCAGUCCUCAGCACAGCCCCGGGGGCUGGGACAAUCAACAAAGUCAAAGAUUAGCGCCGUGGCAGCUGAAAUAAAACAGAUUCGUGCAAGAAGGAAAACAGCACGUAUGCUGAUGGUUGUCCUCCUGGUUUUUGCACUUUGCUAUCUGCCAAUUAGCAUCCUCAAUGUCUUGAAAAGGGUUUUUGGGAUGUUUAAUCAUGCUGAUGACAGAGAAACUGUAUACGCCUGGUUCACGUUCUCACAUUGGCUUGUAUAUGCAAACAGUGCAGCCAAUCCUAUUAUUUAUAACUUCCUCAGCGGGAAAUUUAGAGAAGAAUUUAAAGCAGCGUUUUCCUGUUGCAUCUUUGGCAUUCAUGGUCACCAGAAUGAACGGCUCACCAGAGGUCGUGCCAGUACAGAGAGUCGGAAAUCCUUGACCACCCAGAUCAGCAAUUUUGAUAACAUUUCGAAACUUUCAGAACACGUUGUACUGACCAACAUAAACACACUUCCAGCAAAUGGUACUGCACUCAUGGGUACACUCAGCCCAUUGAAAUCAAUGGAACUGCAUCUCCACAUACCAGGGAUGAACAUGACUUCAAAUUUAGAUGAAGCUGUGAGAUUUUCUGCAGAAGACUCUGGCAACACAGAGAAUGAAGAAUGGGACAAAUUCAUCCCCAGCAUAACUAAAUUUACCUCGAUAGAGUUACAGCAAGGAUGA